AAGCUCCAUCCAGUGCUGAGGACCGGAGCAUUUGCGCAGAUAGUCUGCGCUGUCUACCAGAGACGUACGUUAUUUCAGCCUCGGAAGUUUGUUGCUGUAGUUUUUUUGUCUCCCUGCUCAGCCACCCACCUGCAAAGCGUCUGCAAGGAGCAGAGCAACCAGCCGACUGCUUAGCCUGCCGGACUUGUGAAAGCAUCAAGGAUAUACCAUGGUGAUCAAAGUGUACAUAGCAUCGUCCUCCGGAUCCACUUCGAUUAAAAAGCAGCAGCAGGAUGUGAUGGGCUUCCUGGCGGUCAAUAAGAUCGAGUUUGAGGAGUGUGACAUCGCGGCCAACGAGGCCAACAGGAAGUGGAUGAGGGAGAAUGUCCCAGAGGAGUCCAGGCCUGCCACAGGGAACCCUCUCCCCCCACAGAUAUUUAAUGAAGCCAAAUAUUGUGGGAACUAUGAGGCCUUCUUCAAUGCCAGAGAGGAAAACGCUGUGUAUGCAUUUCUGGGUCUGACUGCUCCUCCGGGCUCUAAAGAGGCUGAGGCUCAAGCAAAGAAAGAAGCGCAGCAGUAGCAGCUCAACAUCGUUUCUACCUGACACCUCAGGCCAACCCAGAUCUGGACCCAGCCUCGCCUAGACCCAGGGGGGGUGAAAGAAGCAACACUUUGCUCAGCUUAUAAAUAUAUGGAAGGUUUUGAUGUACUUUUUUCAUUAUGUUUUUGUUUCAUAAAUCUGCGUUCAGCUGUGCCUUGAUAGCUGUAGUGAAAGGAGGUACUAAAGCAGACUAUUGUGGGUAUCUAAAACAGCUCAGCUUCCUCCCGUUAAUCUCAGCCUGCUUAUCCUAUUAGCCUAAUGACGUGUCACUCAACCAUUACCACGGGUGUGUGACGCUCUGUUUGAGGAAACGCCAUCAGACCCAGUGAAAUAUACACAAAGAGAGAUUCACCGUUUGCCCAACAGAACAUCAUCCAUUCAAUUGUAAAACAUGCUUAUCAUUUAUUUACCGUGAGAGCUUUGGUUACUUUUUGCAAUCAAAUCGUGUGACCCCCCCCCCCCCCCCCCCAAAACUGCAGAGCCUUCUGUGAAAGUUACAGUCCCAUCCUACAUCCUGUUGUCUUAAUGCUGUUUUAAUAGCAAACCUUUUUUCUACUAGACUGUAUUUGUUUAAAAAAAAAAAAGAAAUGACAAUACAUGCAAUUUUUGUGCAUUUUGGGGAAGUUGGACAGCAGGUUUUUUUUUUUUCCUCUUAGAAUACUUUUUUCAUUUUUACAUUAUGUUGGUAAAUCCCUGACUUACGUAAGCUGGUGCACUCUCUCCCUGAAAAAGCAGUGACAUGAAAAAAUAUGACUCGAUACAGUAAACCAAUUUUGAAAUACGUUCUGCCUCCUCGCCCCACGCUGUUAUUUUUUAUGUACAAUAAAUAAUUGUAAGUUGACA